CGAAAUCCGCAAUUCGUCCGCGUGACACGUGGCGGAGCAUCCUCCAGUCUCCAGCAGACGGCAGAAAUAUAAACCCCACCAUGUCUUGGCACUCUCUCCACUCAUUUCUGCAGCAGUGAACAAAGUGGAAGCGGACAAAGAAAUGGCGGAGAAAAUGCAGGAGCGGGUUGAGGAGAAGAAGCAUGGCAACAACGGCGGUCCCGGUAUCGUCGCCGUGAAUCCCAAGCCCAAAACUGGGUUUCCCUCCAGGCUAGUCGAUUUCCUGGAGAAGUUGAUCGUGAAAUUCGGCUACGACUCCUCUCUGCCUCUUCACUAUCUCUCCGGCAAUUUCGCUCCAGCUGACGAGUCUCCCCCAGCCAAAGACCUUCCCGUCAAAGGCUAUCUGCCGGAAUGCUUGAAUGGGGAGUUUGUGAGAGUGGGUCCAAAUCCUAAGUUUUCACCCGUUGCUGGAUACCACUGGUUCGAUGGAGAUGGAAUGAUCCAUGGUAUGCGUAUAAAAAAUGGAAAGGCAACAUAUGUCAGCCGUUAUGUCAAAACAUCACGCCUUCAGCAAGAACAAUUUUAUGGAGGUCCCAAAUUCAUGAAGAUUGGGGAUCUCAAGGGGUUUUUUGGAUUGUUUAUGGUUAACAUACAGUCCUUGAGAGCGAAAUUGAAAAUAUUGGAUUUGACAUAUGGAAACGGGACAGGUAGUCUUCAUUUCAGACUGCUUCAAAGGAGCUCCCAUCUAAUAACUUUGGCACAAAAUAAUUCUUUGAAAGGACUAAUUCCUUGUAUCGACCUUACAGCUAAUACUGCUCUUAUUUAUCACCACGGGAAGCUCCUAGCACUUCAAGAAGGUGAUAAACCCUAUGUGGUUAAAAUAAUGGAAGAUGGGGAUCUGCAGACUGUCGGCUUGCUUGAUUAUGACAAGAGGCUCAAACAUUCUUUCACUGCUCACCCAAAGGUUGAUCCAUUCACAGGAGAAAUGUUCACCUUUGGAUAUUCGCAUGAGCCACCAUAUGUCACAUAUCGAGUAAUUUCAAAGGAUGGUGUCAUGCAUGAACCUGUACCAAUAACAAUAUCAGAGUCUAUCAUGAUGCAUGACUUUGCAAUUACAGAGAAUUAUGCAAUCUUUAUGGAUCUUCCUCUGUACUUCAGACCAAAGGAAAUGGUGAAAGAAAAGAAGUUCAUUUUUGCUUUUGAUGCAACCAAAAAGGCUCGUUUUGGUGUCCUGCCUCGAUAUGCAAAGGAUGACCUUUUGAUCAAAUGGUUUGAGCUUCCUAAUUGCUUCAUAUUUCACAAUGCCAACGCUUGGGAGGAAGGGGAUGAAGUUGUUUUGAUUACUUGCCGCCUUGAAAAUCCAGACUUGGAUAUGGUUAAUGGAACUGUCAAGGAAAAGCUUGAGAACUUUUCAAAUGAACUAUAUGAAAUGAGGUUCGACAUGAAAACUGGGGUGGCUUCACAGAAGAAACUAUCAGCAUCUGCUGUUGACUUCCCCAGGAUCAACGAGAGUUACACUGGCAGGAAACAGAGAUUCGUGUAUGGUACCACUCUAGAUAGCAUCGCAAAGGUCACGGGAAUCAUCAAAGUUGAUCUCCUGAAUGAACCUCAGCCAGAGAAAACAAAGCUGGAAGUUGGAGGAAACAUUGUAGGCAUCUUUGACCUCGGACCGGGUAGGUUUGGUUCAGAAGCAGUAUUUGUUCCUAGGGAGCCUGGCAUCACUUGUGAGGAAGAUGAUGGCUACUUGAUAUUCUUUUCCCAUGACGAAACUACCGGAAAAUCAGCUGUGAUUGUUAUUGAUGCGAAAACCAUGUCAUCGGAUCCAGUUGCAGUUGUGGAAUUGCCCCAUAGAGUUCCCUAUGGAUUCCAUGCCUUGUUUGUCACAGAGGACCAACUUCAAGAACAAGCAAAGCUGUAA